UAUAUUACUUGAUAGACCAAUCUAUAUCUACCAUUACAAAUAACAUUACAGUUAUUAGGAGUAUAAUAUUAAAUAACGCUACUGAGAGCAACGUAGAAAUGAUAGAUGAAAAGGGUCUGAAAUGGAUUUCCUUGAUUAUUCUCCUUGGAAUAAUAUUUCUAAAUAUAGAGGUGGUAGUGUUAUUAGUAUCGAGAAAACCAAAAUCUAGAAUGAAAUUUUUUGUGGCGAACUUGGCAAUUGCAGAUCUUUGCGUGGGACUAUUUUUUGUACUGCCUGAGACUCUGUUUAAUUGGUUUGAUGUCUUAUGGAAUCCAUACGCGUGUUAUAUUCUUUACGUGUAUUUCUCAAUGGUUCCAUUUUAUGUGUCAACAUAUGCAAUCGUAGUGUUAUCAAUUGACCGUGCAUAUGUUAUUUUAAAACCCUUUGCGUCCGCAUCUAAAGGCAAACUAUAUCGAUAUGGACUAGCAUUGUCCUCAUGGGUGAUUGGAUGUAUCCUUGCAAUUCCUUACGGGGUGUUUGGUACAUAUAGCGAAAAGGAAGUUUACUGCUCACAUGAGGCUCCAAGCUUAGUUAUGUUGUACUUAGAUCUCUGUACUAUUAUCGUAAUACCACUGUUAAUAAUAAGUGCGUGUUACAUUAUUAUCAUCAUCAAAAUAUAUGGUCGCAGGAGUGGUGAAUUUAUUCUAAAUAAAAGCAAAGAUUCAGGUAAAAUAUUUUACAACAGUGGUAAUUAUAUAAACGAUUCUAACAUUAAGUCCUUCAAACACUUUGAGUACACACCAGUGGUAAGCAAGGAAUAUAUUGUUUUGGCUGUUCCGAACGUACUCCCUUGA